UCCAUCAUCAGCUCCAUCCUCUCUCAGCUCUGAGGUGUGUCUGCGCCGCUGCAGCCGCAGUCGAACCCACAGACACGGACACAGACACGGACACGGAGCCGGUGGACCGAAUUACAUCGACCUCUUCUCUUUGUUCCCCCGGAAAAUGGCGUCAAAAUGUCCAAAAUGCGACAAGACGGUGUAUUUCGCGGAGAAAGUGUCGUCUUUAGGGAAGGACUGGCACAAGUUCUGUCUGAAGUGUGAGCGCUGCAACAAGACGCUGAAUCCAGGAGGACAUGCUGAGCAUGAUGGGAAGCCUUUCUGCCACAGGCCUUGCUACGCCACUCUAUUUGGACCAAAAGGCGUGAACAUCGGCGGAGCCGGCUCUUACAUUUAUGAAAAUCCUGCCAACGAAGCUCCUGCUGCAGUGUCAAUGGAAACCAACGCCAAACCAGAAGAGAAAAAAGCCCCCGCACGAGGACCCGUGAAGGCUGCAAGCUUCUCAUCUUUCUCUGGAGGACCAAACAUCUGCCCUCGAUGCAAUAAGACAGUUUAUUUUGCUGAGAAGGUGUCGUCUCUGGGGAAGAACUGGCACCGGCCUUGUCUGCGCUGUGAGAGGUGCAGUAAGACUCUGGCUCCUGGCAGCCAUGCAGAGCAUGAUGGGCAGCCGUACUGCCACAAACCUUGCUAUGCUGUUCUGUUUGGACCCAAAGGUGUGAACACUGGAGGUGUUGGCAGCUACAUCUAUGAUGAUCCUGAAGCUGAGGCUGAACAGUAAACCCAACGUCUCACCUUCAGGACCCUUGAUGUCUCUGAUCCGCCUUCUGACGUGACUCGAUAUUUGCUACCCUCACUGGGAUGGAUUCGUAGAUGUUCUGUUGUAUUUGUAUAUUGUUUAUAUAUAUAUUUUUUGUACCAAAAGAAACCUUAAACACGUCCUCCCAAGUGAGCUUCAGAUUUGCCUUUCAGUUUUUUUGGUUCUCUCUGCCAAAUAAUUAUUAACGUAUUAUGUAGUGAAUUAAAGCGCCUGAGAUUUUUCACUCAUUAUUAAAAGUUUUUCAGACUUUUGUGCACUUGAAAUAAUGUACUGUAUGAGAACGUAACAAUUCCACCAAAUUACCAUAAGUGUUUUUUGGAGAGUUAAAUCCUGAUUCUAAAAAAUGUAGAUGUAGAUAAUGUACUGUAGGCACUUUAACGUGCAUUUUACUGAAUGUUUUG